AUGGAAAGUGCUUUUAUUUUUGGAUGUCUGUUUGGAAUGGGUAUCAGAAUGACAGUUAGCAGAGUGAUACGUCAACCUUUUUUAUAUAAAUGCCAUUAGUACCCAAAGUACAUGUUGUAUACAGGAAUUGCAUUCUCUGGAUUUGAUUGGAUUCGUCGUCUUUCAUUGGAAACAUUAUGUGAGAGAGAGGAAUUGUCUGAGUAUUUGGUUCGCACAGCUCGAAUCAACUAGCUAGCAACUGGAGCUGAAUCAGUGGGAGAUUACAAGAAGGAAUUUGUCUAAAUAGCCGUAGACGAGCACAUAUAUUGA